AUGAAUGAAAUGAGAUUUUUUUUUACAUUACUGCAGUGUUCUAAUGCCCAAAACAAAACAAGUAUCACACCUGCAGACUGUAAUACCAUUGAAACAGAUGCAGGAGUGGCCCUGGAUUUGGUCAACAAACAUCACAGAGAUGGCUAUGUUUUUGCUUUAUUCCGUGUUGCUGAUGCACACAAACUACAUACCGGAAAUUAAUCUGUCCUGUUUGUUUCCUUAACUGUGCUGGAAACUUAAUGCUCUGUAUUUUCCAGAAGACACUGGGAGCCUUGUGAAUACAGUGACACCUAUUCCAUAAAAUACCAGUGUUCCAUUUUGACUUUGGGCAACAGCCAGCUGCUGAAGAAACCUCAACUGUAUGGAUUUAAUUGUACAUUAACUCCAGUUCCUCCUGAUCUAUUAGAGUGUAAAGACAGUUCUGUGAAAGAUGAAGUCUUAGAAGUCACCAAGCAACAUAAAGAUAAUGCUGCAAAGACCCUGAAGAAAUUCAACAGUGAGGGUAACUACACAAAAUACUUCAAUGUGGACAAAGUUGAAAAGAUUUUAAAGAUGGUAAGUGGCAUUUAAUGCCUCCAUGAAGGUCACAUUUUAGGAUUCUCUAUAAAAGAGAUCAACUGUUCCAAAUCCACACAACAAGCAGAUCAGGAAUUGGAAUGUGAUUUUCUGGAUGACUGACACGCUCAUGUGGGAUUCUGCAAGGCAAGAAUCAUCAGUGAUCCAGAUGAAGCUGAUGCAACAGAUACAAACUGUGAAAUAUACCAUCCCUGGGGAUAUCACAAGAACCAAGAGGAACCACAACAUCCCCCUUCUGCUUCUCCUCCCCAUGACACACCACAUCAUCCUCCUCUUUCCCAAGAGGAAUUACAUCAUCUCCCUUCUCCUACUCCCCAUGAUGAACCAGAUUAUCCUCCUCUUGGUCCCCAUCAUGGACCACACUCUCCUCCCCCUCCUCGUGGACCACAUCACCCCUAUCCUCCUCCCCAUCGUAGACCACACUAUCCUCUUCCUCCUGCCCCUCCUCAUGGACCACAUCAUGGCCAUCAUCCUCCUGUCCAUUGUAGACCACAUCACCCUCCUCCUCCAGGACACCCUCGUUGUCUCUGUCAUCACUAUUACAGACAUCACUGCAACAAGACAAGCAUAUUGGAAAAGUACUCUCCAUUCCAAAUAACAGGAGCUGUCUAUCUCAUUCCAGUUCUAAAUCAGCAGGAUUCUCUCACACAUCCCACUGCAAACUUUACUGAGCUACUCCAAAGCAUUCCUCACUCCUCCAGCACUGGUGGAGGUAUUCCCUUCAUUGGCUCAAGUCUAAAGGAGAUACCAGAAGUUCCAGGUUUUCCAGAUCACAAAUCAAAGUCAUGCCCAGGAAACCCCAAACUUGUUCCUCCAACUAUUCUGCCUUUAUUUCCACAUAGCUCCAUGGCAGAAAAUUCUCCUACAUGA